GUAAGGUAAUUCUAUACAGAAAAUAGAAUAUUUCUUAAAUGGAUAAAUCCAGGAUUAAAGUUAUAGGUUAUAAUACAAAGAAAGUUGGUCGGUUUCAGAUACUCUUUUAGGUGACAUCUGUUAUUUGGUUUUCUAAACCUUAACCCAACCCAACCCAACAUGCCAUGUGCUUGUAUAAACCUAGUCCAACAUAAUACAUAAUACAUAUACAGCAAUAACCUAAAACUAAACCGGUGAAAAAUAUAGUUUCCUAAUCGUUGUUUGUUAUAAUUUAAGAAAAUGCAACGAUUUAGUCGAAUAUUUAAUCAGUUACAUUGUUCAAAUAAUAUUUUUCGUCAGAAUGCUGUGCUAUUCAGGUAUUAUAGUACGGAAGAGACUCUGCAGUCUAGAGAGUCAAGUCAACAAAUAUCACAGGCAACAAAGGAAGAGAAAACUUUAAAACCAAAAUUGAGUGGGUUUGCAGAAGCCUUUGAAAAACACAAGAAUAUUGGUAGUAAAGAUGUAGAUUACACCAAAACUGAGGAAAAACAAACAUUUGCUGCUCUACUGCGUCACUCGAAAUUUGUUGAUUUAGGUAAUCCAGUUGACAAAGUCGUGACUGGUAAGAUUUACCAUAUUGUUGGCGAUGAUCUGUAUAUUGAUUUUGGAUGGAAGUUCCAUUGUGUAUGUUCAAGGCCACCACGAAAUUCAGAUGACUAUGUCAGAGGUGCCAUUGUACGCUUAAGGAUAAAAGAUUUAGAAUUAUCAUCAAAGUUUCUGGGUGCAAAAAGGGAUUUAACACUUUUAGAAGCUGAUUGUGUACUUAUAGGUCUUGUUUCUUCACCAAAAAAACAUGUUAGAGCUAUGUAAUUAAUGCAAAUAAAAUAGGAUCGUUACUACACUGCA